UAAAUAUGUGAUUGGAUCUGUUGACAAAACCAACUUUUUUCCCCCCUGGAACUCUUUGGCAAGAGAAAGUCGCUGAUGGUUUACUCAUGAAAAACGUCAACGGGAAUGUAUAUAGUCGUCGCCAUGGACAUGGCAUGAAAUCACGCGUGUAGCGGUGUUCCAUCACUUCUUUUCACGAGAACAGGUCAAUAUGGCGGAAGGUGAGGAUACAAUGAGUCAAGAGGACUGGAAGGACAAGUGUAUGGUCCUCGAAGCGCUCCUCAUGAAGUUCAGGGUUCAGAUCAUCAAAAUCCGAGAACUUACUGCUGACAAGAUUCAACAACUGGAGACUCAAGUAAUUGAUGCUGAAAAACGAGCUUUCACCGCUCAGCAGCAGGCGCAAUGGAUGGAGGAGAAGCUGAGGGCUCCAGACGGUCAGCUCCAAAACUCUGAGAAGGUUUGGUUUCAGCGCUGCCAGGAGUUACAGGCCUUAGUGCAGGAGAAGGAAGAUGUCAUCACCAGGCUGAAGCAGCAGCUGGAAGAGCAGAAACAGUCAAGGCUUCAAGAUGCCAAAACCGUGGAGGAAAAAGCAGCAAAGAUCAAGGAAUGGGUGAUGCUAAAGUUGUCAGAGUUUGAGGUCGAGAACACGGCACUAAAAGAAACCAACAAACAACAGGAAGCUCAGAUUGGUGAGCUCAAGAAGAAAAUGGAAGAAUUUGAGCAGAAAUGUUCCGGUAGACCAGCAGUGGCGGGUAAAGCCCACCGAGUUAGCAGCCUGACGUUCGGCUGCUUCCAUGUGAGAGGAAAGAGCGCACAGGUUCUGACGGGUCCGAUUCCCUCACAGAGGAGCCUCAGCACCGAGGAAGAAACUGAAGGCAGGAUCAACAUUGACAAUCAAAGCAAGCAGAAAGGCGCCGAAGGCCAAAGACCAGACCAAACCGGACUCUUCGAGAAUGAGAACAUUAGUCCGAGCAGCCCCGAGUCUUGUAGUGUUUCCUCGGUGCUCUCGAGCGCUGAAGGAGAAGGGUGUGAAGUUAGAGAAGGAGGCCUGGAGAGCGAGGCCUACCUGACAGCCUCGGAUGACAGCAGCUCUCUGUUUGACGACGAUAUGCAGCGAGCAGGAAGGCCCGGUUUCGGCAUUCCGGGAACGUCAGAUGGGACACCCGGCGAGUAUAAAAUGAAGGAGGACAGUACUUCAGAAGAGCUCAACAAACGAUUCCAAUCACAGAGACUUGACUCGUCGUCCUCGUCCGGCGAAUUGAACCCCCCCAGCCCCGUCGUCACACCGGCUCUCACUCCCAAACGACCCAACCCACCCCAAGACCUGAGAGAUACCCCUGCUUCUCCAAAACAACCCAGACUGCGGACCCCGGCGGCCUUGGGCUUGACUCACAAGAAACAUCUGAGCCAACCACCUGUCAGCACCGAGGCAGCUCACGGACAAACACGUAACGCCCUCAGCAUGCUGCGCUCCGAAAGCGACCUCGACCGAGUCCAAGAAGUGGACAUGGAAACAGGGAAGGAUCCGUCCCUGCAGAUCCGCCCCGGCUCCCGCAGCAAAGCCGCAAUGCUUUCCAUACAGACCACACCCGGGGUCCCUACUGAUGCGUGUCUGGAAAUAAAGUCAGACAGUCACAGCUCACCUCCUACACCCCCUUUACACAGGCUCCCCUCCUGGGAGAGUCGCAUCUACGCAGUGGCUAAAUCAGGAAUCAGGCUGUCUGACACAUCAUGCACAGAUUCAACUAGCAAAGACCCCUCUCUGCAAUCCUCCUAUCCUGCUUUUGUAAUAUACACUUCGCUCAUUUAUAAAAAUAUGACCGCACCCGUUUAUACUACUCUGAAGGGGAAAGCCACUUUGCUGAGCAACAACCCGUAUUUAGAUGAGUCAUCUAGCUCUGAGGAGUCAUCCAGUUCUGGAGAGGAGGAUGGUUCCUUAUGCAGUUCCCAGGCGUCCUUUGGAUCCAAUAAGGAUAGCAAUCCAGGCAGCCCACGCUCUAUCAAAAGAGCAGUAUCCGCGUCUUCAAUGACAUCAGAGAGCGACUACGCCAUCCCACCUGACGCCUAUUCCACCGAUACUGAGUGCUGGGAACCAGAACAGAAACUCCCCAAAACUUGCUCCUCUGCUGGUGACAGCAAAAGUGAGUCCAUGGAGAAAUCAGGCUACCUGCUGAAAAUGGUGAAGACAUGGAAGAAAACCUGGAAGAGACACUGGUUUGUCUUGAAAGACGGAGAGCUUCUUUAUUAUAAAUCCCCGAGCGAUGUGAUCAGGAAACCUCAAGGUCAGAUUGAGGUCAACGCCACCAGCAACAUCGCACGAGGUGAAGGAAAACAAGUGGUCCAGAUAGUGACGGGGAAGCGAGUGUGUUACCUGAAAGCGGACUCUCCUAAUCUGCUGGACGAAUGGCUCAUGGUGCUGCAGAGGGUGUUAAGAGUCAAGGCUGCAAGUCCGCUCUACACUCAACCGGAUAUUCGGCCCGGCAUGAAGGGACACCUUGUCAAGGUAAAGCAUGGCUACUCUAAGCGGGUUUGGUGCGCUCUGAUUGGUAAAACUCUCUACUACUUCCGGAGCCAGGAGGACAAGUUUCCACUUGGUCAGGUAAAGCUUUGGGAUGCCCAGGUUGAGGAAGUGGACAAGUCUCGGGAUUCGGAUGAUGGCUUGAAAGCAUGUGGGGGUGGAUUACAGGCCUAUACCAUCGCCAUCCAUCCUCAGGAUCAAGACCCGACUUACCUGCUCAUUGAAUCUCGCCAUGAGAAGGAUUCGUGGCUGUACCACCUGUGUGUCGCAGCAGGGACCAUGAUGGGGAAAGUCGGCACUGAGUUUGAAAAAUUGGCAGGGAAACUCUUUCAAGUGGAUGGAGAUCCAAAUUCUGAGAUUUGGAGACACCCAACACUAUGUUUCAGUAAGGAAGCGCUAUUGUCUCCGCUCACCACGUUACCUUCACAGGCCCUGCAAACAGAGGCGGUCAAACUCUUUAAGACUUGUCAGCUGUUCAUCAAUGUGGCCAUUGAUGCCCCAGCCAUCGACUAUCACGUCUCCCUGGCUCAGAGCGCCCUCCAGGUGUGUCUGACUCACCCUGAGCUUCAAAAUGAGUUCUUCUGCCAGCUCAUCAAGCAGACCCAAAAAAGGCAACCGCAUGGAAAUCCGGGACCCUUGCAGGGCUGGCAGUUUUUAGCCUUGUGCGUUGGACUGUUUCUGCCUCAACAUCCUUUCCUCUGGCUGCUCCAAGUCCAUCUUAAAAAGCAUGGGGAUUCCAGGACUGAAGUGGGUAAAUAUGCCAUCUACUGCCAACGUUCAAUGGAGCGCACCCAGCAGAAGGGUGAGAGGCAGGCCAGACCAUCCCGCAUGGAGAUCCUUUCUAUUCUGCUAAGGAAUCCUUAUCACCACUCCCUGCCUUUUAGUGUGCCUGUGCACUUCCUCAAUUACACCUACCAGGUAGUAAGUUUCGAUGCGUCGACCACAGUGGAUGAGUUCCAGUGUCGUCUCAACCAGGACACGGGUAUGAGGAAAACAGGGCUGUCGGGUUUCAGUGUGUACACCGAUGACCCCACUGGACGAGAGUUGGAGCACUGCUUGCAUCAAGGGAGCAUCAAGAUUUGUGAUAUUAUAUCCAAAUGGGAACAAGCAUCCAAAGAGCAGCAUACGGGCAAGUCAGAAAAUACCAGAACGGUCCGUCUCACUUACAAGAACAGGCUAUACUUCACCAGCCAGGUACGGGGAGAGUCAGAGAGGGAAAGAUUGUUGCUGGCCUAUCAGAUCAAUGAGGCCAUCGUAGCAGGACACUUCCCCGUCAACAAGGAGCUGGCUCUAGAAAUGGCUGCCUUACUGGCUCAGGUUGAGUUUGGUGAUUUUGAACGUUCCUUCUUGACUCCUGGACCUGUUCAAACAAAGUCCAACCAAACUUUGAAGCAGGUCCUGGACAGAUUCUACCCCAAGCACUACCGUCGGACCAUGUCUGAGGAACAACUUAGGCAAUUGCUCCAGCGUCUCUCUGCUCGCUGGUCCUCACUCAGGGGUCGAAAUUCAUCUGAGUGUGUCAGGAUUUACCUGACAGUUGCCAAGAAGUGGCCGUUCUUUGGUGCCAAACUUUUUGAAGCUGAGUCCAUCACUUCCUCUCCAGACCCAGCAGCACGUGUCUGGCUGGCAGUUCACGAAGAUGGUAUCAGUGUUCUGGAGCACAACUCAAUUAAACUACUGCUAUCCCACCCUUACAAAAAUGUGAUGACGUUCGGGGGCUGCAAAGAGGACUUUAUGCUUGUGGUGGGACAGAACAACUCCAACAAAGAUAAACCCUCAGAGAAACAUACCUUUGCUAUGGAUACUUCAAAGAUCAGAGAGAUCACACUCCUCAUCUCCAGCUACAUCAACAGCGCACAUCAGCAGAAGGCUGCAGCGCAUCACCUUUCCGCCCCUGCUCUAAUGGUGGCCCAGCCAAUCAGCCUGAAAUGCAAAGAGUUGAGGAGCAAGUCUCCACCAGCUCUGGGACGUUCCAGUAAGACCCCCACAUUGUUGUGACAGCACAGUCUUGAAAGGUUCCCUUUAUAGGGACAAAGGUACAAACUAAUCCACAGCAUUGUCCUGGCUGAGGAGUCAACACUGCUUACCGAUUAACUAAGCUAAUGUUCUCAAUAUCUUUAAUCUCUGCUGUCUGGUGCAUUUUAAUGUACAAACACUGUGGGCUGGAGGAGCAGAGAAUUUUUUUUCUUUUCUAAACUAAUUAGCAUCCUUUUUGUGAAGCGGACUUUCUAGACUGGGUAAGAAGUUACGAAAGCUCAUGAAAGUAGAAAUGUAAGACAGGUUUGAAGCAAUGAGAAUGUCUGAAUUGUCAAAAUGCAAUGCAGUAGGAGUCAGGCAGAAGGCCGACUUGUAAAAGAGUAACAAACCUGCCAGCAAUGUGCUUUGUGGUUACUGAAUAACCAGGGUGGAAAGGAAAAGGGGAAACUCAUCUUAAAGCUGCAGAAUGGUGCUCGACCUGUGUCAUUUUGCACUUUUAAACACACACAUCAUCACAUAAAAACUGGAAAUACAAGUCAUUUAAUAUACGGUACUUUUAUAUAUUCCAUUGAUGCUUGUUUGUGACAAUGCAUUUUAUUUAAAUAAUUUUUGGAACAUGUGUGACUGGAUAAACUAUGACAAAUAAACAAUAUAUAUACGUAUAAAAUU